AUGGGAAAUGACAAGUUGGUGGUCGAAUUUCUAGUUGAGAAAUUCCAGGACAACUGCGUUUGUUUACAAGAGAACAAAGAUCAUGGAUUCGUGUUGCGAAUUCGGAGUUCGCGUCGAGAUUUUGGAGUUCGUGUCGCGAAUCUGGAAGAGCCUGCAGUGAAAUGGGGUUUCAAAGGGGAACUCAAUACGCUCGCCAAAACUGCUUCAGUUAUCAGAGAAGUGCUACGCGAUGCGGAAGAUGAGCGCAACAGUAACAAUCGCCAAGUAACUCUCUGGCUGAGGGAGCUUAAGGGUGUGCUUUACGACGUAGAAGACUUGUUGGACGAUGUCUCGACUGAUUCUCUUCAGCGAAAAAUAGUAUCUGGAGAUGGCAUGGCUAAAGUGCUGAUCGAGCCAAGUUCCAGCUCAGUUACCAGUUACCACCCUGUUGAGCCACCACUUGAAGUUAGGGAGAGGGAACGAACAUAUUCCUUUGUGCGUUCAGAAGAUAUAAUUGGACGAAAUGAUGAUAAGAGGAAAAUUGUACAACUGAUGCUUGAAUCUGAACCGGAACAAAAUGUUUCCCUUGUUCCCAUAAUUGGCAUCGGAGGUUUAGGGAUGACCACGUUGACUAAAAUGGUGUUCAGCGAUGGAGAGCUCAGGGAGCAGUUCGAGCUAAAAAUGUGGAAUUACUUGCUGGUUCUGGAUGAUGUAUGGAAUGAAGAUCUUAAUCAAUGGCGCAGAUUAUGGGAUCUAAUAUCAGGGGGUGCGAGAGAAAGUUGGAUUGUUAUCACUGCACGCAGCGGAUUGGUUGCAGAUAUCACAGGCACAGUUUCACCACAUCAUCUUCGAGGACUAUCAAAAAGAGAGUUUUGGUCUCUGUUGAAGCAAACGGCACUCAAAGAAGCAAGUCGAGAAUCUAAUAAUCCACGAAUAGAGGCAAUAGGCAUGGAAAUCGUAGACAAGUGUAAAGGGGUCCCUCUUGCCUUAAGGGCAAUAGGAAAGAUAAUAUAUAAUAGAACAGAAGCAGAAUGGGUGAGGGUGAAGAACAAUCCCCUCAAUGGAGACGAGGAUCUUAAAGAUGUUGGCAAGGAGUACUUCAAGGAUCUGAUUUGGAGAUCAUUUCUUGAAUGUUCAUCACUGGAAUAUGCAGGAGAAAGUGAGUUUCCGAUCAGAAUGCAUGAUCUUGCCUGCUCUGUUGCCAGAGAAUCAUCGGUUCAGAAGCAGAAAAUGUAA